AUGUCAUCAAGGUUCCUUCUGUGGGAGGAAGAAGGAGGAUCUACAAGGAGAGAAAUGGCCCAGAGGUUACUUUUAAAACGUUUUCUUUCUUUGCCUGGAAGAUGUCUAACUAGUCAAGUACAAUCCUUCUCCAGCUUAUCUACAAAAUGCACGCAAACUUAUGUUCCACAUUUUACAACUUCGCCCAUUUCUCGGUUUACUGAGUUUACCACUGUUCGGCAGAUUUCUACUUCGUCCUCACGCAGAGUAACGUUCUCUGUUCAAAAUAAAGAUGACUUUCAGGAGCGGGUUAUUAAAUGUGAGGUUCCAGUGAUUGUGGAUUUUCAUGCUCAAUGGUGUGGCCCAUGCAAGAUUUUGGCUCCUCGAUUGGAGAAAGCAGUUGCCAAGCAUGAGGGAAAAGUGUUAAUGGCAAAGGUGGAUAUAGAUGAUAAUACAGACCUUGCUCUUGAAUAUGAGGUCAGUGCUGUACCAACAGUUCUUGCUCUGAAAAAUGGCAGUGUUGUGGAUCAGUUUGUGGGAGUCAAAGAUGAUGAUCAGGUUGAAGCAUUUCUCAACAAGCUUAUUGGACCAUGUCCUUAG